AUGAUCUCAGACAUGGCAGUGAAAGCUGCCAGGGGCGGCUGGGACGACAAGGAGCAUCAGAAGCUUUGCGAUGGCAAAGAGUGUUUCCGAUGUGGCUUCCUCGCUCGCCAACAGAAGCUUCAGCGUCAACAUUCAUGGCUUUGCAGCAAAUAUUCGGCUGAGAAAGAUCGUUGGGGCUUGGGCUGCAAAGUCUGCAGUGAAGUGCAGGCCAAGGAUGCUUCAUUGAUGAAUCUGUACCGGGUGGACAAGCAUCAUUUUGCUAACUUCGAAGUGUGUGGCGGGGACCUUCGUUUGCAAAGAUUUAAGAAGCAUGCUGAUUCUCCUUCUCAUGAAGCCGCUGCGCGCUUCAUGUCAGGGGGCCGGUCAAAGGCUGUAGAAGAGGACGAGAAGUCGGCUCCAAGCUAUGCAGAGUGGCAGGCGGUGCUGCAAUCCAAAGAUGCCAAGCACGUGGCCCGAGCAAAGAAGCUCAAUGUCAUGAGAUGGUGCCUGGCAUCUGCAUUCAGGGGCCGCAUGCGGGAUUUUGCGAAAGAAGCUUUGUGCAUCAGCGUGCAGCAGGAUGCUCGAGGGAAUCGCUUUCUUUCGCGAUUCAAAAUGGUCAACUCCAAGCUCGAAGUGUUCGAGGGCACGCUGGCGUUGGCCAAGCAUGCGGCAACGGUGGAGCAACCCGGCUCUGUCGGCAUUCGCAGGCGAACCAUGCUGGGCUUGGAGAACCUGGCCAGUGGAACCCCACCUCCGGCAUACAGCUCUGUGAAGGCGGAUGCCAUUGACACGUCUCCUGAGAAGGAGCUGUACCGGCAGCUUGUGGAGAAGGUCGAAUGUUUUGCUGCAGAUGCAGCUGCAGACGAACAGCUGGCCGGACGAGAGUUGAGCUCUACCCCGAUGCUCGCAGGACCUGACCCAAUGCCAUUGAAAGAUGUCAUGGAGCAGAGCUUGCCGAAUCUGAAGGUCAUCCAGCGUGACCGGGCACACGCUGGUCAAAGGAUGAUGAUGAGGCCAUGGAAGGCCGAUCCAGUCAUAUCCCUCAUUAUGCACCAGUUCGUAGAAAAGACGAAUUCUCCGGCGAAGUUCAUUACGUACUUUCCCAACCUGCAGCAGAUCUACGAGGACUUGCGGCAGCGAUCCACUGAAGACGUCAAACUCUCUAAGCAUGUCCACAGCUUUGCUUAUGCCCCACAGCGGUAUGCAUCUGAGUCGCAAACGUUGUGCCGCAUGGUGUUGACCAUUGAUGCUGUGAUUGGCAUGCUGGCCACGGUGCAAGAGACACGAAGAGGGUGUGCAGAAGCAGCUGCUGCGGUGGAGACUUUGGCUUCCAUCACGACGGAGCGGCUCCUGCUGCUAUCGAUGUUGGGGGAUGCUGCGCUGGAGCAGUAUCGUAUGAUCGCUUUCCUGGACAGCAGCGACCUGGAUGAAGCGGAGAUUCCCGAGCAGUUUCUGUUCUAUCAUCAGAAACUAGAUUGCAUGUUCCGCAAGCAGCAAGUGUUGCACAUAGGUGGCCUCACGGCAUUGAUGUUGACAAAGCUCAAGGAAGCUCGUUCGGUCAUGCUGACGAAUGGCCAAAGUGUCAGUUGGGGCGGGCCGUGCGCAGUAACCUCUGAGAUGUUGGAACAAUGUCUCUCAAGGAUGGCUGCGUACUGCGUCCUAUCGCAUCAAACAUGGCAAGCUGAAUUCCCAUCCUUCGAGUUGAUGGCCAACUUCCAAUGCUUCAGCUGCUCGGCAAAGACUGCCGCAUCAACAACUUCGACUCAAAACGGGAUGCUGCAGCAGCUGGCGAAAAUCAUUGGAGUCCAUGCACCCACACUCCAGGCAGAAUACCAUGAUUUGCGACCCGUGGCCAUCAAGUAUGCCAAGCAGGCUUCCUUGACAAAUUUCGAGGCCUGGAAGCGUGCCAUCGAGGUGACGCAGCGGCAGCGGGACAAUCAUCCUGCGGAUGCUUUGGUGCCAGUCCUGGCGAGAUACGGUUGCUGGUGCAGCUCCUCUUCCAAUGUUGAACGUGGCUUUGGCAUUGCAAAGCAAUCUAGAAAUGUGGGUUGCUCUCAAGAUGAGCACAUCGCACGGGAGGAGGAUUUACUCAUACUCAACCAAGACGUCAUACCCAAGCUCACCGAGCAGACUCAGAAGGAGUUGUGCCAGCAGGCAGCACGACUUUGGCGAGAAUGCUGCAAACGUGUGCGAUUAAGUGGCGUCACAGAACGUGAUGAUCGUUGGGACAGAGGGAUCCCUUCCAAGAGGGCGAAAACUGGGGAAGCCGGUUUCCUCGAGAGACGUGCGGCUGCCACUGAUGCUUUGGUCAUGACUCCCAGUGCCAGUGCGCCCACCCCCUUGACCGUGGAUGCCAUCCAGGAUGUCUUUGGAGACAGCCACAACAAAGAAUUGAAGUUCAUUGAUUCCAAGCUUAAGAAGCACAAGAUGGAAGCAUACCUGCAAGGCCAUCUGCCAGAGGGAUCAGAGCAUCCGGGGAUUCUACAGGAAGCGGAGGCUUAUCGCGAGAAGCUGCGCCAGGGCCAACGUGAGCGGAAUAACGAGCAUCGAAAGGCUCAGCGGCGCACAGUUGCGAAGCAGGAUGCGUGGGGCGCGGACAUGACGGUGUUCGUGCACUCAAGCGUCCGAGACCUUGGUUUCAGAUUGGUGGACAACCCGUGUGUGACAGAGAUCUGGAAAGCUGACCUGCUGAUUUUGCCAAACCCCCGAGCAGCAACGGAUGAUGUUCGAUUCAUUGCGGGCUUGAGUGGCUCGGCGCUUUGUGAGCCAGAGUUUGUGCGCACAGGAGGCUCCAAGGGCGUGGCAGUGGCAUUCUGCAGGGCCAUGAGUACACAGCGCAAGAUUCAUGUCACACCUCGGUUCAUGGGAGAUCACACUGAAGAAUGCCGGGGCUUGCUUCAAUUGCUGAAACUCCAGGGCUGCAAAUGGCAGCCACUGGCUCGGCAAGAGAUCUUCAAUAUGAUGGAGGGAGGCUUGAAUCAAAAGCAAGCAAAUCAGACCAUAGUACUCUGUGUACAGGAGGAAAAAGAUGAUUUUCGCCAGAAGCUGAAGCAUGUCUUCACGAUGCCAGAGGCAUUGGCCAGCCCCAUUUUCGUUUGUGAGGACCGGACUCGAAGUCGCACCGGUCUUGCCAAAGGCUUUUGA